AUGGCAGAAUUAUAUGAUGCUGGAGGUGUCUGGAACUCGCCCGGGGGAAGUGCUAAAGUAUUUCUUUAUGAUCAAAUCAAGCUUACAUGGUAUGCGGACAACAACUCUAUGAUAUUUAAAGGUGUUGGUGGCCAAAUUCUGGAACGAUUGGUUGUUUCUACGCUAGAAACUGGCGUGCUAGAAACUGGCGUUUUAUUAACAAACGUGCAUAGUAACGGCGAUCUUGAGUUAAACACAUCAAAUAUUGAAGUUUGUGAUAAAGACAAGGUCGAAAGCUACUUUAAAGAUUGUUCUUCUCAAACGGUGAAUCAUCAUGAAAGAUGCACGAAUUGUGACCGAUUAUCAACAGAACUGACUACUGCUGCUGCUGCUGCUGCUGCUGCUGCUGCUGCUGCUGCUGCUGCUGCUGCUGCUGCUGCUGCUGCUGCUGCUGCUGCUGCUGCUGCUGCUGCUGCUGCUGCUGCUGCUGCUGCUGCUGCUGCUGCUGCUGCUGCUGCUGUAAAGAAAAUUGAUGGAUUAUAUGAGACUGUGAACAAAAUCUUCGAGUUGGUAUGUAUGAAAUCAAACUCAACAUUACUCACUGGCACGAUUAUGCAUGACCUCAGGCUAAAUACAGAUUUUAGUUCUGCUGAAGAUACAAACAGUAAUUUGCGAACUGUUUGUGAACUGUCUACAGAUCUCGAAGGAGUUAAGUUGGAUGCUGUUAUUACGGAGUCUAAACUUUCUAAAAACAUCCAUUCAAACCACGAAAAUCUUAAAAAAAACAUGAAAUUGAUUGAUAAAUUCUCUCAUGAACUGGCUAUUAUGCAGUGCGAACAACAAGAUUAUUUUCGAAAAAUUUCUAAACAUGACUUAGCAAUUAAUCAAUUAAUUUUUAGAAACUAUUCAAAGUGA